UUAGUGACGCUGCAGAUAGGACUGACUGACAGGUGAGGAAGGACUACCUGGGGUUUUAUUUCUGCUCUACACCAGGUCUUUUGCUAUUUCUGGGUUUUUUUAAGCAGGAAUUACUUGAGGUUUUUGGCUUCUUUUUGUGCAGUUUGGGAUGUGUGGUGCAAUUCCAUCUUAUUUGCCUGUGGAGUGGGAGGCCAGUACCUCUGACUGAAAGAUGAGGAGAAAACCUUCAUCUGGGGAGACUGAGCUACAUCCUGAUGCUUACUAAAGGAGUUAAACAUCAAGCUAUAACCAUCUCCUCUCUGUUCAUCUCUGAAUACUUGUAUGGAAGACUUUUCCUCUGGCUAUCCACAGCCCUGAAAGCAGUAAUUAGACGUGUGGGUUGCUAAUUCCCAGGUUUCUUUUUCUGGGAAAUCAGCAGCAAGAAGCAGUAGGCCCACAAGGGGCAGGAGUUAAAGCAGUUAAGAUGAUGAACAUAUGUGUGGUAGGUAGAUUUGUCUGCUGCAGUACUGGGAUUGAGCAAGAAGCUCCUGAGGUUGAAGACCUACAAGUGAUAAAGGGAUUCUCUAGGGCCAGGAGCAGAAGUUGCUGAGCAUGGCCCUGCUGGCCCAGUGCAAUCAGCUACAGUUAAAAAAGAAAUACAUUUCCUUGAUCUCUGCAAAUUGUGAUAUAAUUGCCUCUGGAUAUUUUAACAAGGAAGUAUCAGGUUUUACAGGCUUCAUUAUCAGGAAGGCUUUCCCCCCAUCUGUUUGCUGACAUUGGUGAGAGCCACAGAUGGUUUAUACCUGGGAAAGUCAAGGUGUUAGGUACAAUAACUGUUUUUUUUUUUUUUUUUCUGCAUAAAAUGGAAAAUGUAAAGCAAAUGUCUUCUCUCUUUCUGGAAGGAAGAGAAUGAGCUACUAGGGGUGGUGGUGUUCUCAUUCAUCCUUUGCUCCUACUGCCCCUUCCCAACACUGGAUUACUCCCUGAGGGACUGGCUACAAGGCAGCUACAGAUGUGAGGAAUAUGCCUUGGCUUGUGCAAUGACUUCAUGGGACUAAACUAUUUUCCAGAUGAGCUAGUGAUAAAAAGGUAAAUAUAUCUGAGAAGAGGGGAGAUGCCCAACUGCUUUCUGGAAUUACAGCUACUUUGUAUGACAAAAUUUUUUUCCCCUGGAGAAAAAUCCACACUUUAUAGUGUUGGUAUUACUCUAAAUACUGCUAUCUUGGUGAAUUCAAUAGAUGGCACAAAUCUCUGUCUUGCUGUGAAGGAAAUUUCAAAACUGUUUACCUUUAGGUAUAUUUACCUAAACACUGUAAUUUUACAGUUGUUUUGUAUAACUUGCUUGUGAUUGUUUUGAGAGCUCAUUCUAUUAGGCUAGUUAUCUCUUUAAGAAAGCCAUCCACCCUCUAUUUCCCAUUUUGCAGAGAAAGCUUUGUCAUUUGGAACUGAAUGAAAUGAGCUCACAAGCUGGAUCGACUAAAUUUCAAAUCAUCUCUGGCUUCAACUGAUGCCAGCACCUGUGAGACAAACAGGGAGUCUGAGAAGAAAAUGCACCAUGGAGGUUCUGAUCCAUCAGUCCCUGACAGGGCUAACAGUGUUCUGCUGUGCUAGUACAGGAAUACAGAGGGCAGUUUUCAGGGUCAGGAUAUCUUUAAGAGAAUAAAAAUACCAGGAGGCUCUGAAGUCAAGGCAGAGGUCCAUGACCCAGCAGCAUUGUCAGGGGCCAGCCACAUAUGGCUGAGAACAGAGAAAGAACACAGCCUUUCCUCUCCCCCUAGAGCUUUUCAGUUUCAGCUUUGGGUGGGAGUAUCUACCUGCUUCCCCUUUUGAUAUGUUUUGUCUUCCACCCAGGGCAUUCUAAGUCUUGCUAUAUUUUGUUGCUUUCUUCUCAGUGGAGGGACUUGAGGAAUUCCCAGCAGAGGACCAUUGGUAGGGAGAAAUGGGAGCAGAAGAGCCUGACCUGGAGAUGUUGUAAAUACAGCAUAACCAGCAUCUCUCACUUCAGAAAAGCUGCAGGCUUUUGAGUUGGGUGCUGUGUGGUCUUAGUGAUGAGGUAGAAACAUCAAAUACUGCAUAGAAGACACUGCUGCUGCUCUGACUGCCAAAAUUGUGGGUUUGGAUUUUAAAUAAUGCAGCUUUGAUUUGCAGAGCAGUUACCUUAUCCUUAUAAGAGAGUUGAUACAGAUGUGUGCCACUGCUUUCUCUUCUUGCCAUCCCUUGCAGCCCUUCCUUUCCCAAAGACACACAUCUUACACAGAACAGAGAGCUUUCUAAGACAGAGUCUUUUGUACCCUUUAAAAUGUGCUUUCACUUAAAAACAGAACCAUAUUUUGCUGAGGUAAACACAGGAAUGGCUCAGUGACAGACUGGUUAUCCUUUAAAUGCUUGUGGUGACAAUUGAUGGGCUGAUGGAUACCUGACCUUUUCCUUUUUCAAGUUGUGUUAGCAAAUAUUUAAAUCAUGUUGGACAUUGCAUGUACUUGCCUGAUUUUAAGUUGGUGCUUUGCAUAGCUCAAGGCUUGUCACUGAUGUGUGAUGUUUAACAACAGACAGCUAAGGUUGUGACUUGUUUGCCAUGUCACAAAGCAGUUUGUUUCUCUCAAUUUAACUCUGCCACAUCCUCUUCAGGGCAGUGUACCACCAGAGGGUUUUUUGACUCAUCUCAUUUGAUGGGGGGAGGGGGGUGGAGGCUUUAUCUCUCUGUAAGAAAAAUCAGCUGCAUGUUAAGGUCUCAGAAGCAACAAAAGGAAACUAAUGAACCAUACAGCUGAACACAGGGAGGCAAUCUCCUAAACUGAGAUAUAACUACAAAGUAGGAACCAUCUGGGCCUGUGGUGGGGACAGAGAGGGAGGGGAGCUCCAGGUACAUCCCUGCAGUUCCCUGGUGUGCAGGAGCUGCCUCAGAAUCAUCCCUCAGCACUGGGAUCCCCGUGGGAGCGGCUGCGAGUGCUGAAGUCUCCCUUCAAGAGGAGAAUCGGAGCCCCAGAGCACGCUGGAACUGCUGCUGCUCCUCUCCCAGGCUCUGGGGUGAGGAGGGAUCCUCUUGAGCCUGUAAAUGCUGUUUCCUUCUGCUAAAGAUGGCCCAGAAAUGGGCAGUUCUGGCUGUGCUCCUUUUCUUGCCAAUCAAUCUGGUUGAAGCUCACAACAGGGUGAGUGUAGAGGCUGGCCGUGAAGCUGUGCUGCAUUGCCCCAACACUUUCAAGGUGCCUUCGCUGCUGGUGACGUGGAAGAGAAAUUGCAGAAGUUGCUGCUUCUUAUCCUAUAGAAGGGAUCACAAUGAGACAAGCAGGCUGAACUGCAGUGAGAGGAUCACAUGGAAAUAUUCACCUGGCAGUGACCCUGCGCUUCGUAUUUACCCUGUGGACCUCGGGGAUGAGGGAAUUUACACCUGUGAAUUUGCCAACAGUGAAGGGAAUUUUGAUUUUCUCUCUUCUCUGACUGUGAUAGUGCCUCCUACAGUGACUCUGACCCAUGACAAGAGCAGGGUGGCUGUGUGCCAGGCAUCUGCAGGAAAGCCAGCUGCUGACAUCUCCUGGAUCCCUGCAAGCAGUCACAGCUCUGAGGAAGAAUUCCGUCACCCCAAUGGAACAGUGACCAGAGUGAGCUACUUUGGCUGGGCCAACAGCUCAUUUCCCUCUGUCACCUGCCUGGUCACCCACGCAGCCCUGAACCAGACUCUGGUCAUGGACCUGAAAUACACCUCCUAUAGGCUUCUCUACAUCCUGACAGGAGCAGCUGCAGGUGUCGUUGCUGUCACUGGUCUGACUUUAUGCUUGAUUUUCGGGUGCAGAGCUUGCUGGUUACGUAAACGGGCACAGGGCCCAGCAGAACACUUUACAACUAGAGCCUGGAAGGUCCCACCUUCACAUGCACCAAGAGCAGCAGGCAAGCCUCCUGACUUUCCAGAGAGCACCUAUGUGAAUUACAACCCAAGAUCUAUUUAUGUAUUCUUAUCAGGGUGUAGGCACAAGUAGCCAGCUCAGCUACUAAUGAUACUCAGCUACUCAAACUUGUCCUCCAACUCUCAAGCCUCAGACCUUACCCCCCAAAAAACUUUCCUGACCUGACUAUGGUGGGGCAGAAAGGCCUGUUUCAGUAAGUUCUUUUCUCUUUCUCGAAGUAUCAGUACAUCUCUAGAGAAAGUUGGAAAUUUUAAAGAUUGAAUUUGGGAAAUAGCUUAAUUUUGUUAGAAAAUGGACUCUGAUGUAUGGGCUGCCUUUCCUCAAAACAAUAAUGGACAUAUUUCUGUGCCUGAGUAAAAGACUGCUUGUGAAAAUGUAGCACUUUUCUCUCAAUUUUGACAACUGGAUUCUCUGUAAAGUUCUGUGUCAGAAACUAGAAAGCGACAUGGGAGGCCUCAAAACACAGAAGGUCAAAGCAGUACAUCUAACAGAAAUAAGAGAGUUUUAGGGUUUUUUGGUUGUUUUGUUUUGUUUUCUGGUUGCAAUGACAGAUGAUCUCGUAUUUGACAUCUUUGUAUUUUUAACAUAUUUCUUUUUCAAUUAAUUUUUCUGUUUGCAUUGAUAAUUGAUGGAAAAUAAAACCAAUUUGAUAUUAUACUGGAUAUGGAAAUAAGAAACAGCAAUGGACAAUUUUGGACACUCUUAAUGUAAAUAUGUAAAUAUUUACCAGAAGGAUUUUUGUGGUUAUUAGGGAAAAUGUUUUUUGACCAGUUUCUGAGAAGCUGAGAGCACAUCAUGGUUUUACUGAGAACAGAAGUGUAAAGUUGUAUAAAGUGCAGGUGGUGUGCUUGUUUAAAACAAAGGAAAAAAAGACAACCCUAACCACACCAUUUAUUUCUUCUCAUCUUAUGUCCCCAAGAUAAAAAAACCUCCACAGAGUGGUUGUUAAUUUCAGUUUUCAUUGGUCAGGUCUGUCAGAGCUUCCAAACACUAAUGCAGCAGUAACUGAAAUGUGUGUUUUGAAGAGCCUUUUCCUGCGUGUUUCUUCAGGGUCACCUCUGCUAAGUGUUCUUAGCCAUGAGCAUCUCCCAGUGCCUUUUAAAUUGCACUUUAUCACUUCUAAAUAGACGUGGAUGUCUGCUGACAUCACUCCAGCCUUUCAUUUUAGUCAGAAAGACAUGAAGAAUGACUCUCUGCCUUAAGGAAAAGGACCUACAGAGGCCAUGCUGGUUUCCAGGCUUGGUGGACAAGCAAAGCCUUUCCUGUGGUGUUGAAUGUCAGUGAUGGGUUGCUCUCAGAGCUGUGUGCAGCAUCAGCAUGCCUUCUGUAGGAAGGGAGAGGCCCUUUUCAUGUAUGAAACCUUUGGGAGAAAUAAGUGACAGCUUGGAAGUAGUGCAAAUAGGUUUGAAAAGAUGCUAGAUAGGAAAAGUGUUUUGUAGCUCUAGUGAAAUCCACAGCAGUGCCUUAGUCCAAGGUGCUGUCAAGGGGUCAUUUGUGACUUGAAGCUUCUUGAAAUAGAAGGAAGAUCUCUUGUUGCUUAAGGAACUGCCCAGUCAGGUCUAAACCUGGGUUCCUGGACUGGUGUUUACUCAGUGUGGUAAAUGAGCAUGGAUUGGUUUUGUGGACAGCUACAGCAAUCUGUGCCUUUUUCAGAAGCUGGAUCAUUGCAGCCACACAGAAGGAUGACAGGGCUGUUUAAAUUAAGAGAGGCUGUGGAGCAGCCUGCUUCUGGGAAUCACAGUGCAUGUGUGCUGUGGUCAUUAGGGUGUAAUGUAAUUUUUCCUUAAUCCCUUUGCCCCAAGUAAGAUGUUGAAGGGUGAAAUCUAAUAGAGACAGAAAAGAUAGAACCUAGACAGGGAGGUGAUGGUGUGUGGGGAGAAAGCUCUCAGAAGCUAUCUGUGAUGAUCUGUCCUGGCUGAAAACUAUGGUUUUCACACUCAUAUCUUUAUUUUCACCUUUAAUUUGCAUUUGGUUGAAUUGGCCCAGUCACCUGCAAUGUGUCACCACUUUUGUUAACAUAGAAAGUCUGAGCAGACUUAGUGCUGAAAUGAGGUGCUCUGGCAAUGACAUGGGCUAUCCUGGAAUAAAAUUAGCCCUUAUGCUUUUUAGGCUUGUUGUGUAUGAUUAAUAAAAGUUAUCAGGCCAAAGAGAAUCAUGUGGCUAUGGGAGUGGUUGUAAGAAAGGCUGAGACAUCAAUAAAGCUUUUAUAGCUACUUUUACUGUUGGUUACGACUGGUAAAAGGCAGGGUUUUGUUAUAUGUGGAGCUCCUGGUGUGGGCUUUGGUGGCUUCCUCUCUGCCUGCCAUGACCAGAGCCAUGUUGCCAUGCUUCUGGGCUGAUGAGCUGAUCUGUUGAGUAUUUGAGAAUGAGAAAUAAAUCACUUAAAUAUUUUCCAUUAUGCUGCUUUUGUAUGGGAUAGGCAGCUUGGUGUAACCCAAAGAACAACUCAAAAUGUGUGUUUGGUGUCUUUUAACAACUUGGUCUCAAAAAUAAGCAACUUGAAACGUUUUCAUGAGUAUAUUUAUCAUGAUUUUCCCCCCUCUUAAUUAUGAGUACAUUCUUGGUGACCCUAUACUCUUUUUAUUUGCACUGAAAGAAAAUUGAAUCAAGACAGGUAUUUUAGACUGCCAAAAUGUGUGGGAAAAUGCUGACUGUUUGUUGAAUAAUCAUUGUGAGAGAGCUACUAAAAAGUUAUGGGAAUUGGAGUGAACUAUUUGCACAUUGUCACAAGAAAAAAAUUUUUAAAAAAGCCUGGGAGCGUGACACUGCUGUUUCAGAUUGACUGUUUAGACAAAUGCACAGUUGACCGAAUGUCACUUGAGCUUUUUAGCACCAGAUGUGAUUAUAGAUGAAAAUGCUCCUGUUUAUUGUGUGGAUUUUCACUCACAUUGUUCAUAGGACACUCUUUGUAAUAAUGAUGAUGUCUGCUUUCUGAUUAAUCUGUGAACAAUUUGUCUUCUGGAAAUAGCAGGUGUUGUGAUGCCUCUUUCUCUUCACUGAAUAUGGAAAAAAUGGUGACAAAGCAUUAUUUAGAGUCUCAUAAAUUGGAAUGUGAUUGUUCAGAUUAUGAACAAUAUUUGUUUAAAAUCACAAAUUUCGACACCAGGAUUGAAAUGAAGAAGGUAAACAGUUUUCCUACAGACUUUGGAAAUAGAGCAGAUGUCCAAAGGGCAUUUGCCAGUUCAGUGAAGAGCUCGAUUUUCCUAAGUUUGAAGUUGCAGCUAUAAGUUUUGUCUAACCUUCCUGGCAUCAAUUUGUCACAACUUUUCCUCUCUGAUGAGAAAAUAAUACUUUCCUUGGUUCUCCUCUAGUAACUGUAACACCUGUGAUGUCUUUGUGACCUGCUCUUUCUGACUUUGUGAAGUCUUUGCUGUUAAUGAUAACUUGUCAGCUCCUUGAUUUUGUGUCCACAGUCUGUAUACACCUGUCAUAUGCUCAAGACAGUGAAGAGCCCAGGAAUUAACCAAGUGGGACUUUUUCCACAUUUCCUAUCACUUCUCUGUCCUGCUGUAGUUUGAACAAGUAACUACAAGCAAAUACCUACUUUUCUGUUUUUCCUCCCCAAUCUUUUCAUGCACUAGUUUUCUCAGUUUCUUGAUUUUUAUGUUCUCCAAGUAUUUUAUUACCUAGUUUUAUUUCUUUCUAUUUCUGGCGUCAAAUACAAUUUUAUUCUUCAUUCUUUUGAUGCCUUUUGUAUGUGUGUAACAAGAGGUUUCCAAUAGUGACUUGUUUUGGAAUUUUUUAGUGCUUUUCACUGAACUUCUCCAUAGAGAUAUGCUUACUCCAGGUCUCCUUCAUUUCCCCCCCCCCCCCCCCCCCCCCAUUGCAUAGUAGGAAAUCAAUCACUCUUCAUUGAGAAACAUCUGUUCUUAGACUUCUGUGAAUCUAAGCUCACUUACCAAAUCCAAAUGCAUUAUAUGCAGCAUUUUAUUUGCUCUUGGCUGGCAUCUGUCUAACAGAAUCACGGAAUUGUUAAGGUUGCAAAUAUCUUCUGAGAUCAUCAAGUCCAACCAUUAACUCAGCACUAUCACGGUCACAACUAAACUGUGCUCCUCUGUGACAGAUUUACAUGUUUUUGAACACAUCCAGAGACGGUGACUUCACCACUUCCCUGGGCAGCCUGUUACAAUGCCUGACCAGCUUCUCAGUGAAGAAACUUUUCUGAAUAUUUAAUACACUCUGCAGCACCCAUGAGGAAGAGGAGUGAGAAAAAUGUGAGAGGAACAGCCCUGUAAACACCAAGGUCAGUGGAGAAGGAGGGCAGGAGGUGCUCCAGGUACCAAAGCUGGGAUUCCCCUGCAGCCCAUGGUGAGACCAUGGUGAGGCAGCUGUGCCCCAGCAGCCCAUGGGGGUCCAUGGAGCAGUAGAUUUCCACCUGCAGCUCAUGGGGAUCCCAUCCUGGAGUACACUUCUGGCAGGAGCUGUGACCCUGGAAAGGGAUCCGUGCAGGAAUGGGUUUUCUGGCAGAAAUCACACUGGUGCAGUCUGUGAAGGACUAUCCCAUGGUAAGGAACUUGCUGGAACAGAAGAACUGUGUGAAGGAGGAGUGGUGGAGGUGAAGAGGUAUGAACUGACCCCCAAACCCCAUUCCCCACCCUGCUGCACUCCUGGGGCUGGGGAAUAUGUGGUAAAUCUGUGAAGAAGAGGGAGUGAGAGCAAAGGUGUUUUCAAUUUUGUUUAUUUGUGAUUAUCCUACUCUGUUAUUAAUUGCUAAUAAAAGAAAUCAACUUCCCCAAAUCAAGUCUGCUUUGCCCAUUACACUAACCAGUGAUCUCCCUGUUCUUACCUUGACCCAUGAACUUUUCCAUCAUAUUUUCUCCCCCUUGUUACUGCUGAGGAGGGGCAGUGAGAGAGUGUCUGGCUGGGCACUGUCAGGUGGCAGCCAGCCAAGGUCAAUGCACCAGGCAAGGCUUAGUCACCAGCAGAGCUAUAAUAGGAAAGAGGAUGCUGUAAACAUCGCAUUCUACGUUAUUAAGGCAUUUUUAUGCCAAUGGUUCCUUUCUAGGUCUUCUGACUUUAAUCUCAUCACUGUGUACUGAGCUCUGAAAAUUUCGUUUCCACUCAUUCUAUUCUCUCAGCUGUCAAUAAGUACUGCUGAGCAAACAAGGCUAAGUGCUUUUGGGAUUGAUUUUUGUCUCACGUCUGCCACAGUCCAACAGUGUUUAUAUUGUCAUAUCAUAAUGUUUGUAUCUAGCUGUGCUUGUAUUUUAGAUUUCCAUGUGUGCAUCUGAAAAAGAAACCAUGGACAGCCCCCCUGAAAUCGUUUCUGUGCUAGAUUUAUGAUCUCUGAAGAGUACAACUCCCUCUUCUGUGUAAAACAUGUGGCCACAUGCUGCAGAACAACGUGCUUAGUACAUGAAUGUCUUGUAACUCACUGAAUCUUGUGUGAGAGGAGUGUUGCGUGGAGUAAACAGAUAAAUGAGCCAACUACUGAAAAGCUCUGGUCUGGCUGCUCGUCUUUUUGUGCAACUUGCUUGAAAUAUUCAAAUCAGGAAGAUUGGUAUCCAACACUACCAGUCAGUGUAUUGUUAGGGCUGCCUCCUUAAUCAGGCAAGUUAGUGCCUGCAAAGCUCUGAUACCUUCAGGAGCACUGCCUGCUCCAGGUCUGAAUAUCUACCAGCUACACUUAAUAUCACAUCCUUCAUCAUUGUCAUUCCUGUGUAAUCAACAGUGGCUGCCAAUUUCAUGCUGCUAUAGAUAGCAAAAAUAAAAAUGUACAUCUAUAUGCAAACAUCUUGAUUCAUAGGUACAUUGCUGUGCGUGUGUGAAGCUGUGAAUAUACACAGGAAAAGUUAUGGGUUUUUCCCUGAGAAAUUAAUUUCUUAAUCAACAGAACAUCUCCUUAUAUAUAAAUGUUGUGAAAGACCUUAUAAGACAGAUAGACAUGUGAGGGAUUAAAAUGAAAAGUUGCUGUGGAAACCACAACCUGAAAUAAAUCUUUCUUCUGUGCACUCAAAA